UAAUUCAACAUAUUUCAAAUUCUAUGCCCACAUAUACAUCACUGAUACAUAUGCAUACAUAUUAACAUUUUGGUGGAUGAACUUACGGUGAUCUAGGUUCGUACUUCAACUUCAAGUCGAAAUCAUCAGGCAACAGUUUCCAAUAUCCAGCGCCCUAGAACCAUUCCGCCAGAUGCCCAUCAACCAAGCAACGUCGAAGCUGACGCCAACAACACAUCCACCACAACAAUAUUUCCACUAACAAUAAUAAGACACGUAAUCGCGUCGAUCAAUCGAUUAGCCAUUAGCCGGCAAUCGUAUCUAUACAUAUAUUAUACACACACAUUUAUGUACGCUGUGUGUGUGUAUGCAGUGUACCAUUAAGCCGCUUUGCUGUUGAGUCGCUGAUCCGCAGUUCCGCCGAGUCGCCAAGUUGCCGCAUUGUCGUAUUGCUGUGCCGCAGAAAUUCUAUAAAACUAACAAACUCUUUGCGAUCGACUGUGAUUCUUUCGUUCAUUUACGACGGUGUUGGUUGCAGUUGUUUGUUUAAUCAAUUGUUCAUCCAAGUUUUCGAACGCUCUCGUGUUUCCCGGCAUAUCCAGUGCAUCCAGUUGUUUGGCUCUUAACUAACGUCUGGCGAGCACUCAGAUUUCGCUUAGCAUCAAUUUUGCGGAGGAUCACAAAAAUCUACCUUUGUGGUCCCAUAUCCUCGUCAAACCAUUUGUACGCGAUUUCUUUGAGCAUUUGCCGCGGCUUAUUGCUUCUAAAAUACAAAUAUCAUUGACCGGUUUCGAUGAAAUAAGCUUGCAACAUUGUCUCGCAUCAAUAAAUACGUAGCAUACCACGCAUACUAAGGCAUUCACAACAGGCUCCAAGUCAGUUUCUAAUAUUUCGCUUUGUGCACGAAGGAUACUGUUACCACGCGCGACUCUCGUACGUCUAUCUGCCUCAUCCAUUCGCCUUGGCAAACGUUGGGUCAAAUCGAUCGCGCGUGUGUGAGAGUGUGUAUAUAUAAGUAUAUAUAUAUUUAAGUAUUUGUGGAUCAAUUGAUUGCGGUCGAUCGCGAACAUUGGUUGCCAAUCGUGCACGUUACGGUCCAUCGAUCGAUUCAGUUUGCUUUCACCCGCGGUAUUGUGCGUUUACUAGAGCCGCAAAAAGGCGCUUCAUACUUAACUAUUCGCACCGCAACGUAUAUACAUACAAGUGUUUUUAGCGAAAUUCCAUUUAGUCUUAACAAAUACAUAUUGUUUUUUCGGAAAUUAAAUAAAAUAUAAUCUAAGUGAAUCUAUGAAGCGUGGACUCGUAUUUAAAUUUGAUAACUAACCGAUAACCGAGGUGCCAGCAAAUAACCUAUUACAUACAAUACAAUCAUACAUACAUACGGAAAGUGUGGAUUUGUAUUCUGUGUAUUGACUUCACGUGAUCCAGCCAUACGUCAUACUUAGUAACACUUUUGAAAAAAAAAUAAAAAAUUUUACUAAGUGUUGCCAUUUCGCUUUCAAUUUUACUGGAUUAAACAGAGGAGCGUAAUUUUGAGCCCUUCAACUAAUUUUUGGAUUAUUUAAGUUGCUUUGUUGCUGUAAAAUCAAAUCUACCAACAUGAAGCUCUUCGCAAUUAUUCUCGCAUUUGCCUUGUACGCAUUCGCAUUGGUGCAUUCAUUGGCGAUAUCCGAUACGAAUGUAAAGUGCCAAAUGAACUGUGACCUGCAAGACUACAAACCGGUGUGCGGCACAGAUGACGCUGGUGAGACGAAAUCUUUCAAUAAUCUGUGCAUUUUGAAGACAGAGAAUUGCCUGCGACAACUUUCAUUCCAGAAAACCGCCGAUGGAGAAUGUCCGUAGAUGCUAAAGUUAAAAUAAAAAAAUUAAAAUUAAAAAAAAAAUAUAUAUAUCAUUAAACCAGUUAAUGUAGAAAAUAAACUAAGUGCUGUGCAUUUUAAUGCAAAUUA